AUGCCUGCAGGAUCUUGCUUGUGUGGCAAUCUCAAAUAUGAGUUUACCUCAGAACCCGUCACGAAGGCAACUUGUCACUGCCUAUCGUGCCGAAAGAUCAGUGGCAGCACCAAUACUUUGAAUCUACUUCUUCCGGAGGAUAAGCUGCAGGUCACAAGAGGCUCCCCCACGAAGCAUACGAGUAUGCACGAGAGUGGCCUGAAUUUGACCGUUCACUUCUGCAACGAAUGUGGAUGUGCUAUUUACAAGACGCAUGAAAAGUUUCCAGGAAUGGUGGUCGUCCUGGCAGGUACACUCGAUGGGCCUCAUGGACUGGAAGAAUCCAAGCCUGAGGCAGAGUUAUACGCGCAGCACCGUGUUGCCUGGCUGCCAGAUUUCACCUGGGCGGACCAGAGGGUAGAGUUCUAG